AUGGCACAUGGGCCUGGGGUGGGACCCAGCCUCACCCUGCAUGGUGCAGACCCCCUCAGAAGCCACUCCCAGAUGCCAGCCAGGCUUCCAGCUCACCCUCUACAGCCGGCAGACUCCCCAGGGGAUGAGGACCCCAAGCCCCGGUGGGACCCACCCCAUGAGGCCCCCCUCACAGGCUACUUCCACUCAUGUGGAGCUGCCUUUGUGCCGCGCCAUGCCGGGAGCUGCAAGGACAAGAGGGAGGCGCCCCACCAGGACGCCAGCUUCUGCUCAGCAGUUCUCACCCUGUGUCUUCGGUGCCCUGUGGGACACUUCUGCCCCAACAGAGCCACCCGCCCCAUCCCAUGCCAGCCGGGUACAUUUGGCCCCCGCUCAGGCCAGGAUGAAGCCACAGACUGCACCCCUUGCCCAGCAGGCAGGGGCUGUACCCAGGCUGGGCUGACACAGCCCGAUGCAGCGUGCUCACCGGGGUACGCGUGCCCUUCAGGCUCCUCCAGUCCCCACGCUCCCUCCCAUGCCUGCCCUCCCGGGACCUUCAGCAACCGCCGUGGCCUCUCCGACCCGUCGCAGUGUGAGAUCUGCCCCGAGGGACUAGCCUGUCCUGGGGGAACCGGGGGCCCAAACUGGCCCCCCAUCCCCUGCUCAACUGGCCAUUAUUGCCCUCCCGGCACCAAAAAGCCCACCCAGUUCCAGUGUCCUCCUGGCACCUGGAGUAACCAGACUGGAUUGACCAUGAGCGAGGAGUGUGUGCCCUGCCCCAGGGGCUGGUUCUGUGUCAGUGGAGCUCGGGUGCCCUCGGGGACAUGCAGGGCCGGGCAUUACUGCCCACGAGUGGCCUCCCCUGGGAACCGUCUCCAGGCAGCAGGGACAAAGUGGGGGACACAGUUCCCUUGCCCGGCAGGCACGUACAGCUCCCAGGCAGGCAACAGCCAGCUCAAGGACUGUCUGCCCUGCCCCCCAGGAGCCUUCUGCCCCAGUGGGGUCCCUGAGCCAGAGCUCUGCCCACAGGGAACCUACCGUCAAGGUCCAGCUGCCAAGCUGGCUGUGGCCUGUGUGCCUUGCCCUGCUGGUCACCACUGCCCCGAGAGGGGCACCACCAUGCCACAGCCGUGCAGCACUGGCAGCUUCUCUGGAGCUAUGGGUGAUGAAGGCAGCAAACUUCCAUUUUACACCCCCCCCCCUUCCCCCACCACCCAGGGUCCAGGUCGUCUCUGGUGCCAGGAGUGCUCAGGAGGAAAACUCUGCAACCAGACAAAGCUACCUGGCCCUAUGACGUGUCCCCCUGGGCACUACUGUCCAGCCCAGGGCCUGCUGUCCAUCUCCUGCCCCAUGAACCUUGACCCUUGUGGCGCCGCUCUAUCUGCCCAGGGCACUUUCCGAAAGGCCCCCGGGGCCGCCUGCAUGGAAGACUGCCAGCCGUGCCACCCGGGGACAUUCUGUGGCAAAGCUGGCCUGGCCGAGCCCCAGGUCCUGUGCCACCCUGGGCAUCACUGUGGGCCUGGCUCCAACACCUCAUCCCCGGAUGGACUCCCCUUUGGUGACCUCUGUCCCCCGGGUCAUUUCUGCCCUGCUGGCACCAAGGACCCCAGGCAGUGGCCAUGCCCGGCUGGCACCUGGAAUGCAGAGAGAGGGGCACAGGACAUAAGCUGGUGCCUGCCUUGCCCACCUGGGCUUUUCUGUGCCACCACAGGCCAGGCUGCCCCUGGGGGCCCGUGUGCACCAGGAUUCCACUGCCCAGGAGGGGCGCAGACGCCGACACCCCUUGGUGGGCUGUGGGAACACUUCGCGGGUUCUCUGGCGCCCACGCCCCGGCAAGAUGGGGAGCACAGCGACGGCACAGGUCACUUCUGUCCAGUGGGCACGGGGGUGCCCCUGCCCUGCCCUGUGGGCACCUUCUCAGAUCGGAUGUUUCUCUCCACGGCCUCUGAGUGCCUGUCCUGUCCCCCUGGCUAUUUCUGCGGUGCCUCUGGCCUGGCUGCGCCCUCCGGCCCCUGCUCCCCCGGCUACUUCUGUCUGGCAGGAGCCUCCUCCCCAACCCCGACAGCGGCUGCUGACCGUCUUCCCAAGGACACCUCCUGUGCGGCCAUCUCCAGUGAGAACAUUGGAGGCGAGAGUUCAGCUCUCAGAUGGAAGGUCGAGUUCUGGGGCAUCAUGGAUGAGGGCUGGAGAGCCAGAGCCAAGCCCCCACUCAGGCUGCUGAGCCGGGACAAAAGACCAAAACAGAAGCAGCCGGCCUGGCUUAGCCACUCAGGGCAGGGAGGCCCCUGUCCCCGAGGCCACUUUUGCCCCAGGGGAACCAGCCUCCCACAGCCCUGCCCUGCCGGCUCCUACAGCUACCUGACUGGCCAGGCCUCCUGCUUCCCUUGCCCCGCUGGCUACUACUGUCCCAAGAACAUCACCAACUACAGCGGGCACCCCUGUCCUGCUGGCUUCUACUGCCCCAGAGGUGAGCGCCAGGGCCACAACUUCCCGGGGCGAGGCUGGGCAGAGUUGUACAGCCGCUGCACCAAGUAUGCCACCCAGUUCCCCUGCCCUCGGGGCUACUACAACCCAGACCCGCUGACCCAGAGCCUGGACAGCUGCCUGCCCUGUCCCCCAGGCCACUACUGUGGGCAGGAGAACCUGACCCGGGCCUCUGGGCCUUCGUGGACUGCCCACCCCUUCGACCUGGACAACUACACCAGCACCAAUUGCCUGUGCCCAGCCACGGCCACAGGGGGAAAGUGCCCUGCUGGCUCCUACUGCCCAGAGGGAAGCCCAGAGCCCAUGCCCUGCCCACCGGGCUCUUUCUGUGGCACCUCUGGCCUCUCCACCCCCAGCGGGCCCUGCCAGGCUGGCUACUUCUGUGUAGAAGGUGCAUCAUCCCCUACUCCAAAGGACGGGGUGACAGGGGCUCCCUGCCCCCCAGGAUACUUCUGCCCUGCAGGAUCACACAAGCCCAUGCCCUGUCCUGCCGGCACCUUCUCCAGCCUCCCUGAGCAAACCAUGCUCUCUGCAUGCCAGUCCUGCCCACCGGGCUUCUACUGCAAGGAGGCUGGUCUCCAGGCCCCCAGUGGGCAGUGCCCAGCAGGCUAUUACUGUGACUCCAGCGCUGGGCCCAUCCAGGACUUCAGCUUGUACCCUUGUCCCCGGGGACAUUACUGCCCCCUGGGCACAGCCAGGGCCACGCACUACAGCUGCCCAGUGGGCACAUAUGGCCCUCGGAAGGGGCUGACCAGAGUCACCGGGUGCCAACCCUGCCCUGCUGGGAAAUUCUGUGCACUGGCUGGACUCACAGCACCAACAGGAGACUGUGCUGCAGGGCACUGGUGCAAGGGAGGAGCCGCCAUCAAGGACCCCACCGACGGGGCACGAGGGCUCCUCUGCCCGCCUGGGCACUACUGCCUCAAGGGGGCGCCCAUCCCAUCCCGAUGCCCCCCUGGCACCUGGUCUGAGGAGGGGAAUGGAGCCCCCGAAGGAUGCCGGGACUGCGCUGGAGGAGAGCUCUGCUCUGGGAGCCACCCGCCCCUCCGGCCCACAGCCUGCCACCCAGGGGCCGCCCAUCCCAUCCCGAUGCCCCCUGGCACCUGGUCUGAGGAGGGGAAAUGGAGCCCCCGGAAGGGAUGGCCGGACUGGCGGCUGGAGGAGAGGCUCUGCUCUGGGAGCCACCCGCCCUCCGGGCCCCACCAGCCUUUGCCCACCCAGGCAUUUCCUGCACGGGGGGGGGGACUGCUCCCUGCCAGGCUCGUGGAGGCAACUCGUCUGGGGAGAUUCGUGUCCCCCUCGGACACGUCUGUCCCUGUUGGGAAUGCUUGGCCCACUCUCAUGUCCUCCUGGCUCUACACUUCGGGGCCCGAUUACCAUGGGAAUGGGUUCUACUGCCCUGCAGGGACAGGGCUGGAUUGGCAGCCCUGCCCCCCAGGCACCUAUGGCCCCACACCCGGGCUAAGCAGCCUGCCAGGGUGCCAAGCCUGUGACGGGGGCAGAUUCUGCCCUGGAGCCAAUGCUACGGAGGCCAGCGGGCAGUGCUGGGAGGGCUGCUUCUGCUCCAGAGGGUCAACAAGGCCCAACCCGGAGGCCGGCACUGAAGGACAUUACUGCGCCAGGGGCUCAGCCAUGCCCCAGCCCUGCCCACCUGGCACCUUCAGCCCACGGAUCAAGCUCAGCUCCGAGGCUGCCUGCUCCCCGUGUCUGCCCGGCCACUACUGCGGCUCUGCUGGCCUCACCCGCCCCUCUGGGCCCUGUGAUGAAGGCUUCUUCUGCCUCCGGGGGGCCCUCGUCCCCAGUGGUUCCCUAGAAGACGAGACCGGUGGCCCGUGCCCCACAGGACACUUCUGCCCCCCUGGGACUGUUGUCUCAAGGCCUUGCCCAGCAGGCACCUACAACACCCUGGCGGCUCAGGGUCGCUGUGCACCGUGUCCUCAGGGUUUCUUCUGCCUGGCCAACACCUCCUCUGUGGCUGGAAGUGAGUGUCCUGCUGGCCACUAUUGCCCUGCCUCCACCGCCUUCGCUUCUCAGUUUCCCUGCCCCAGGGGCACCUACAAGCCACAGAGAGGGGGUUUCCAGCAGUCAGACUGCAUCCCCUGUGAGCCAGGCUCCUAUUGUCUCCUGCCCGGGCUAGUGGCCGUGUCAGGGCCCUGCAGUCCAGGGUUCCACUGUACCCAGGGAGCAUCUGUCCCGAAUCCCACCGACGGGGUCACUGGAGACCUCUGCCCUCCAGGCCACUUCUGUCCCCAGGGCAGCCCCCAGCCUGCUCCUUGCCCCCCAGGCUCAUUCCUGCCCAUCCCGGGUGCCACGUCGAUGGAGGACUGCCAGCCAUGCCCAGUUGGCUGGUUCUGCUCCCAGGCCGGCCUGAGCUCCCCGGAGGCCCUGUGUGAUGGAGGCUGGUACUGCCCCAGGGCGUCCAUCUCUGGGCACAGUCCAGAUGCUGUCUGCCCCACUGGGCACUCGUGCCCCCAGGCAGCCUGGAGCCUCGCCCCUGCCCUCCCGGGCAGUAUCAGGAUGAGCCUGGAUGCAGCAUCUGCAAGACCUGCCCUGCUGGGAAAUGGUCCCACGAGGAUCUUGUUCUGCCCAAAUCCUCCAGGUCCUGGAAGCUUCUUGCCACGGGAGGAGCCUGGCUUCCUAGAAAAACUGAGAAAGCCUGGGGAUGUCGGAGGCCUCCCCUCCCUCAUUCCUGAUCACACACCUGCUGCAUCCACAGGGGCUGGGAAGCGCCUCCCGGAUGGGCCAUGCUCAGCCGGCUAUUACUGUCCCCUUGGCCAGACCUCAGCCACCCCUACGUCUUUCCGGGAGAGUGUGACCUGCGGUAGCUCAGGCCCACUUGGGAGCCUUGUGUCCUCAAUUGCCUGCGCCUACUUUGAUGUGGCUGUAGAUGUAUCUGGGGAAUCCUUCUUACAUCAGAAGCUUGGUGGUCAUAGUGCCACAGGAUCCCGCUCAGCCACAGCCCACCCAUGCCCUCGGGGGACAUUUGGGCCCAGGCGAGGAGCCACUACAGAGCUGGACUGUGAGCGCUGCCCAGCAGGGAUGUUCUGUUCAUCGGAAGGGCUACCCCAGCCCUCGGGGCUCUGCCAUUCUGCCCACUACUGCACGGGGGGGGCUGUGUCCCCCACCCCCAUCAAACACAAGGUGGACGCCCCAGGACUCUCUGGGAAUGACAUCUGCCCCCCUGGCUUCUUCUGCCCUAAAGGAACAAGCUCUCCAGUGCCUUGUCCUCCUGGGUUUUACUCCUCUGUUCCAGGCCUGGGCAGCAAGGACCAGUGCCAACCGUGUCCCCCAGGGCGCUACUGCAGCCGGCCGGGGCUGACCAGCACCCUGGAGGCAGGGCUUUGCGAUGCAGGGUACAUCUGCCGAGAGGGCAGCGCUGUCCCCUCACCCUCCGAUGGAACCCAUGGAUACACAUGUCCCCCUGGCUUCCGUUGUCCCCCAGGGGCCCACAGGGAGCUGCCAUGUGAGCCUGGCACCUUCAGCCCUCUGCCCGAGGCUGCCACCUGCCUGCCCUGCCCAGAGGGCACCUACUGCCACCAGGCUGCCGCCGUGGAGCCCACCAUCUGCCCCAAAGAGGGAGGUCGUCGGGAGAAGGGUGUUGGGGGGCCACAAUGCCUGGGGACUUGUCAGCCCCUGCCCUACACAGUCUGUGACGGGCACUGCUCAGCUGUCCCCGGCGUGUGGCUGUGCAGGGGUCACUAUUGCCCAGCCAGGACAUCCUCUGCCCGCCCCUGCCCGGAGGGAACCCUGAGCUGGUGGGAGGGUGCUGUAUCCCCUGGGGCCUGCCAGCCCUGCCCUGCAGGGACGUACUGCCUGGGAGAGGGCAAUGGGCGGCCUGAGGGAGCUCGGACUGGCUUGGACAGUGCCCACCGCUGUCACCCCCAGUUGUCACUCCUCACACUGCUGGCCUCCUUGCCAACACCGAUGCCAGAGCUGUGUGGACACCGCCAGCUGCAGGCUUUUCUGUGCCUCUCCAGGUUUAGGGACAGCAACCAGAGGCAGGGACUCACUGCAGGGGCAAGACCUGGGCCUCCCACAGUCAGGCAGGUUCCAAUACAAGCUGGGGAGACUUCUGCCCUGAAAUCCCUGUAUACACCCCUCUGUAUCCAAGGGCCCUGCUCAGCUGGUUACUACUGCGAGGGGGGCUCUGCCAGCCCCACGCCCCAGAGAAGGUCCUUUUCCCUCAACGGACCCUGCCCCGGAGGCCACUACUGCCCACAGGGGACGCUGCUCCCGGUUCCAUGCCCCGUGGGGACAAGGAGCAGCCCAGGCGCCACCUCCCAGGGCAGCUGUGAGCCCUGCCCCGCUGGCUCCUUCUGCCCAAGGCUGGGCCUCAACUCGUCCACUGGGUCCUGUGAGACUGACUCUGAGUGCCCCUCGGACCCCGGGGCCUACAGCCCGAAGGCUCUCCCCUGCCCUCAGGGUCACUUCUGCCAGCCAGGGACUGCCUGGCCUGCCCUGUGCCACCGAGGGCACUACCAGCCCUCCUUGGGCUCGGAUGCCUGCCUACCGUGUCCACCAGGCUUUUACUGCCCACAUCCCGGCACCAGCAUGCCCAGGCUCUGCCCAGCACAUGCCUACUGCCCGGGACAUGGUCUCCACCACGGUGUCCUCCAGGGACCUUCACUCUCCAGGAUGUAUCAGGCCUCCGGGAAGAGAGUGACUGUUCCGUCUGUCCCCCGGGUCACUACUGCAGGAUUUUACUGCCCUGAGGGCAGUGGAGAGCCCAUUCCUUGUCCACCUCACACACUGGUGGCUGACCCUGGAGCCAAGCAGAAAGAGGACUGUGGGCCUUGCCCCCCUGGGCACUGGUGCAAAGCAGGCACCCUGGCCACUCAGGCCUGCCCCUCUGGCCACUACUGUCCUGGAGGAAGUGAGACCCACCUGGGGGCCCCCCAGGCCUGCCCUGAGCAUACCUACCUGGCAGCUGAAGGAGGCCAGAGUCAGGCGGAGUGCCUUCCCUGCCCCGCCGGGUACCACUGCCCGUGGCCAGGUCUCUCUUCCUUUGAAGAUCACCCAUGUCCUCCUGGCCACUGGUGUCCAGGUGACCAGGGUGCCUUUCUCUGCCCACCUGGCACCUUUCGGUCAGAGCCGGGGGCAUCAGCACAGGAAGACUGUGAACUCUGCCCUCCCGGCUACCGCUGCCCAGACCCUGAGCUUCAGGCCCGUGCAAAUGUGUUUCCCAUCCCCUGCCGAGCCGGAUCUGAGUGCCCAGCAGGUGCUGUGGCUGAGGUCCCCUGUAGGCCCGGCUCCUACUGUGGGCCCCAGACGAGGAUGCCCCCCCUCUGCCCUGGGGGCUACGCCUGCCCUGCCAGCUCCUCCAGCUACAGUGGCCCAGGGCAGCGCUGUGUCUUUCCCAAUUACUGCCCCCCGGGCAGCGCCCAACCCCGUGCCUGCCCUGGGGGCUCCGAAGCCCUGAAUGGGACCGGCCUCAGGGUCUCUGAGGAGAUGUGCUGCCGCCUCUGUGAAGCGGGCACCUACCACAGCCGGACCCUGGAUGCCCUACCCUGCCAGCCCUGCCCGCCUGGAUUCAGCUGCCCCCAGGGGUCAGAGAGCUACCAGGGCCAUCCCUGCCCGGUGGGCCACUACUGCCCUGCAGGGACUCACAGCCCAAGGCCCUGCCCAGCAGGGACCUUCAGAAGCAGCAGCGGGGCCAGGGCAGCUGAAGAGUGCCAGCUGUGCCCUGCGGACACCUUCAGUGCCCUGCCCGGACAGGUGGGUUGCCUCACCUGUGGGAGCGUCGCUUUCUCUCCACCAGCACCUCUGUGGAACCACAGGCCUCCAGAAACCCGAUUUGAAGCCAGUGCCCUGGACAAUGAGAAGACAUGGCAGAUGGCCUGA